CUUCUGUACAACUGUGCAAAAGAGCUUUCGAUUGGGUGCCACAAAGGGGGCACUAUGCUGACCAUCGAGGGACCACGGUUUUCUUCAAAAGCUGAGAGCAAGCUCUUCCAUUCCUGGGGAGCUCAUUGUAUAAACAUGACAACAGUACCUGAGGUUGUGUUAGCUAAGGAAGCAGGACUUUGCUAUGCGUCAAUGGCUCUUGUCACAGAUUACGACAGCUGGCGGGACAAUACUGAAAGUGUCAAUGUUCAAAAUGUCAUGAAGACGUUCAAGUUAAACGCCUCCAAUGCACUGAAAGUACUAAUGAAGGCCAUCCCACUGAUUGGACAACAGGACUGGAGUGAAACCAUUAAGGCAAAUCAGGAUAUGGUCAAGUCCAACACGAUGUUACCACAUAGCUACUGACCGGGAGGAAAUCCAUCACUUUGACUUCAGCUACACAAUAGCUUAAGUUUACACCUGUACUAUAUAUAUAUGCAAACUUUUUAACCAUGAAAAUUCAACGAGUUGUAAUUGUGUUAUUCCAAAUGUAUUCUGAAUCCAUAUCAGUGAUGUUUGGCUCCAACAGGGUUAACUGCAAUUACUGUAUAAAGACCAGGAAUCAACCCUUCUUUGUAACUGCAACUAAAUCAUACGUAACGUUUCUGAUUUUGAUACCAUUUAAUUGUCUAAACAGAACUCUGUCUUAUUCAGAAACCUGUAUAAACCAGCUAACAAAGUGCCCAGAGAUACACAUUUCUGUGUAAGUUGAAUAUAUUUAAUCUGAAAAAACAGCCUGUUCUUGAUGAAAAUCUUGGUUCCCAAGGUGUUUGAGUUAAAUGGUCAGCUAUUGGGUGUUGCAACAUGUGAAAUUUUCCACACCUAUUUCAGUGAUGACCAUACUUCAUAAAUUACAACCAAAUUGAGCUAAAGAGAAAUUUCAAUAAAGUGACGCUAGAUGGUAACUAAGAACAAUUGAAACCUAUCACACAGAUGUAUACUGAAACUAUGAACUUGAAUCGAACAAUAGUCUCAAAGGACUUCUAGUUCAUAUGAUUUUAUACUACUUUUGGUUGUGAUUGAAGAAACAUGUGCAUCACUGAAUCAGGUGUGGAUAGUUCUACAUGUAGCACCACCCAGUAACUGGUUAUAUAAUAGGAAGACCAAAGUCAAGGUGUAGAAGAAAACAUCACAAUCAAAAUCCUUUACCC